AUUUUAUUUUGAUAAUGGAAAACCAUUUUGUAUAAUCUCAUGAUAUGUAUAGAAUACUCGUAUAUAUUACAACUACCAGAAUUUUACGUUCCUUUGUUCAAGCAGAAAAACAUUGGAAUAACCAACGGAAGUAAAGCAUUCUUCUUUUUUCGGUCAAUGCAAGCAAAAUUGUCAACGUCAAAAUUUUUAACAAACUAAUUUCCCUUUUACUUUAUUGAAACUAAGAUAGAUUUAUUAACUUCGAAGCAAGGAUGGCUGAUACAACGAAAAGUCUGUGGUCCAGGAUAAUGGAGGGAGGAAGCGACAACUUGCUGAACAUCGGUGGUGAAAAACGUACCUGUCCUUACGAUCGAAAGAGUUGUACUACCAACUUAAUCGACGGAAACACCAAGCAUGAGUCCAACAAAAGUUCUCCAGCACAGUGUCAUCCUGGAUGUCCGGAGCCUAAGAGGCCUCUUCAACCCGAAGAGUUUUGCCCGAAUAUCGGCAAACCGAAGCCGCCGGAGUGCUGCUUCAUUCGCAUGCAGGAUCCCUGCGCGCCAUGUUGCUGUCCACCUCCUCCGCAGUGCGAAGAUGAGUGUCAUCGUGGUCCAAAGAGGGAUCCAAUUUGCGGCUGCGAUUUGUGCAAGAAGAAACAAUGCCCAGAUGGGAAAUGCUGCGGGCCGAAAGAACCGAGUUGUCACAAAGGUGUCAAAGAUCCAACCAACCUCGAGAAAGCUUGAGAGGUCAGAGAUUAGACGUGUAAAUGAUGACAAGUCACUGAGCUGGAUUGGAAAAAUUAGUAUAUCAGAUAAGUGAGUCAAGUUCUACAGAUGAACGAUCUACCAUUAUUUUUUCAGCAGAGAUUCUUUCUUCAGUAGGUACAACGAAUAAAAAUAUCAGUAUAUGAGUAUUAUUUGAGGUUAGGUCAAUUAUCUUAUACCUCAGCAAACUUUCUUGGAGUGGAUUUUUAGCUAAAUGAUUUGAUUGAAAAGCGCCUAGUCAUAAUAACAUUUUCGCAGUCGCUGCGCGAAGAUGCAAUUCCGAGUCGCAAACUUCUGACGAAUGUUUCAUUGCACCUCGGAAAAUGAGAGAAUAUGAAAUUUCUUCACGUCCUAAAAUACCGUGCAAAGAACCACUUCCGCCUUGUCGAUGCAGGAGAAACACAAUCUCGCUGUUUGAUCUGAUCAAACGUCCCCUUGACUGGUUCCUCUGCACGCCAUUGAAGGUUCCAAACUCAUGAUUAUUCCUAAAAGUAUCGUCAGAAGACUUUCCAAAUGGAUACGAUAAUUUUUAAUUUUUUUUUGUCUUCAUUUUAUGCUAUCGUUGGAUUCACAGAUCCCCAUUCCGCAUUUCGAGUGGCGUGAUAUUAGCAGCCCGAAACCCAAGGAAGAAUCGUGCAGCUUCUCGAGACCAUCCGCAAUGCAUUCGUGCGAAAGGAAAUGUUGCCAACCGCCAUUUUUGCCAAGCCUCGAUUCCUGUCCUCGUCCACGUUCUCGCGAUCCUUGCGGUUCGAAAGAAAAGACGGUUUCUCCUGAGAAAUCACACGGCGA